AUGGACAAUAACAUGAACAUCAAUAUCGAGGCGCUGAUUGAGUCUCGCGUUGAGGCGGCCAUUUCCGCUGUGCAAGAUCUACCGCAGCUUCUAGAGGAAGCUGUUGAGAACAACUCAGUGGUUGUCCUUAGCAAGUGGUGGGACAUUCUCACCCACAUGUACGACAAUCUAAUCACCCCGACUGGCACCCUUCGCUUUCUCCAUGAAAUCGAGUUCCCUAUGGUGUCCAACCAAGACCGUCCCAGAUACGACGACUUCAUUAAAGUGGCACAUCGCUGGCUGGUCUCCAUGCACUGCGCCGGUGUCGGAGAACAAGCUCUUGCCAACCUUGCCCAGUACAAGCCGAGACUCACCACCGAGGUUUUGGAGGUGCUUGCCCCGCAUGAGCGCGAGAUUGACGAGCGCAGAUACAACAGGAGGACGGCCGUCGACCAGGAGUACCCGGGACACAUCAGGUCCGAGGCCGAGUUCUGGCUACGCAAGGGCGCACUGAUGACGACAACAGAGGAGAAGAUGGAGUACGUGCAGGAACUGGUGGAAGCCAUGGCGAACAUGACGGACAUUGCCGAUAGGCCAAAUCAUCACCAGGUGGAGGCGGUCAAGGCCAUUUCCGGCUCUGUUCUUGAGGAGCUUGCCUGGGAAGUCUAUGUCCACGCACGAGAUGCCCAGAAGGGGCGCACCAGGGUCCUACCCUGGAACACCAACUUCACAUGGCGAAGCUACCCCACGUUUGACGACCGUUGGGCAGAUAUCGUUGAUUGCCUUGAGGAAUGCAAAUCGGCUGUGGCCAACUUGAUGCAGGCGACCUACAUCCAGAGGUAUACCUGUGACCCGCACAGGGAGCACACUCGUAAGGUUGGUCAAAAGCGCAACAACGACACCAAGGCUGAGAAGGCGGCGGCAAAUGCCCAAGCUGCUCAACAGCUGCAGGCAAUUCAGGGCGCUACUGUUGCUCCGGGCCCGGCUCUUCCAGCUAUGGCUAACCUGGUCCAGGCCAUGUCAUCGAACGUUGCUCCCGCUUUUGCAGCACCCCAGGUGGCUCCCGUUACCAGCCCCUUUGAGACUUCUAAUUACGGAAACGCCCCGGCGGCUCCGCCCAACAGCCCCAACACGGGGCUUAUGGCGCCAGCUCCCGAUGUUUCUAUGUUUGAAAGCGAUGAAGUUCUCUACAAAGAGUUUGGUUUCUAG